CUGUUAUUUAGGACUACUGUCUGUGAUCAGCGAUCUCUGUAUCUACAGCAUACCGUUAAUAUUAUUUGUUCAAUAUCAGUAGAAGCCGAGCUGUGAAAUUGGAAAAUGAAUGCUGGCUUUCUGUGUGCCUUUCAUUGUCUAAUAUACAGCUGCUCAGGACUUGAAAUGACGAUUCCCUAUAGUGGGCAAGAGUCUAACUACUGUACCUCUCUUGGGAGAUGCUGACAGUGCUAGUCCUCACUUCACUUUGAAAUGAGCCGGGACAAAUGUCAAAGCUACUUAUCAUAAUAUGGGUAUGAUCCACCACCACCAGUGCAGCCCCACCUGGAUGAUGCGACGGCAGACAUAGUGCGCCAGAACGCUCACCACACAUCAGUGGGAAGGAGAGCAGAGUAAUGAAGCCACUUCAUAGAGUAAGUACUCUAUACCGUAAAAAAAACUAUUCAUACUGUAAGACAGUAAAACAGAAAAAAACUAUUUUUCCAGCAAGCUCUUUAGCAAACCCCAGUCCCCAGGAUACUGUAUCUCUUAGUUUAUGUAGUAGCUGAGCUUUUAAUUACUUUGACUAAUUGAUUCCUUAACUGAACAGUUUCUUAAUUAGAUCUAGACCCUGUUUGGGCUAUUUUCUGCACUCAGUCAUGUGUUUCAGAAAUACCCUGCUAGUUGUCAAGAUAUUUAGCAAGCAUCAUGUGCACAACAUUUUCCAGAAACUGCUCUUCUUCUUCACCUCACUAAACAUCUAAGCAGUGAUUUUAGUGACAUAAGGGAAUUGUGUAGUACCAUGAAUUCCCAUGGCAAACAUUAAUUUAGGCCAGAAUUUAAAAUAAAUUGAACUCACUUGUCAGUCCCAAAUAAAAACUCUACUUGAUAUUGUGCCACAGGAGCUCCUACUGUAUUUCCUCUAACAGGGAACUUGCCGUUAGAUAUUCUGGUUGGUUAGUGGUGAUGGGUUUGAGAUUUUAACUUUUGAAUAUAAUUGGGCUUUAGUGUCACUUGAUCUCAGUGACUUAAAUUCCAGAGGCCCGUUCAGUUAAUAGAAACCCCCACAGAAAAAAGGGGGUUCUGAAAACUAGAUUCUGGAGAUAUCACCAGGAUCUAAAAAGAUGAACAACACUUUCCAGUACAUUAUUGAUCUAUUGAGCAGGGCAUUUGUCUAAAGGGACUCUAGUCCUCAAGGACUGAGUUUUUUUGUUUCCAAAUGAUUUCUAAAUUGAGCAGAUUCCAUCUUUUCAGUCAUCAGUUACGUCCCAUGUCGAUGCCAUGCUGACAUGUAAGACUGGAUGGGUAGCAACUCUCCAAGAACAAGGCUGGAGACCCUGAAGGACCAGCAAAGCUUACACAUCACAGUCCCGAUUAAUGACUUUCUUGACUAAUUUACAAUGGCUGCUUUAUCAAAAUUAAAAUGAGGAUUCAACUGAGAAUCCAUCAUAAAAAAAGACCAAUAGAGAAACCUCAGACAGCAGUGCUGGGUAAAUUUUAAGUGCUGAAAGCAGUUAAAAACAUUUAAACAGUCAAACCUUCAGCUAAAGGGUUACAUUAAUUAAGUCAGAUAAAAACUCCAAACUCCUUUCAGUAAAAAGUGUAUGUGAAAUCCGACAGCAAAGAUACCUGAACCUGCAGCUGAAAUGUCAUACAACUUUCCAAUAGAGUAGGGGCCAGCUUUUAUUUUUUUACCUACAGUAUAUUAAUGAUGUAAAUCCUGACAACAGCUCUUCCCCAGGUUGGCUGUGUAUUUAAUCAGUUCACAGGAGUUUCAUAGGCGGUUUUACUGGAAGAUGCUGCUAUCGUAGAUGUUAGCAUUGAACUUGAUGAUGGUCAACUGUUAAGAGUGAUCUGCCUUUGGGGGAAAUUUGGUUUCUGAUUUUUCUUCUACUCAAGUGUGGGCCUGCUGGACACUGGAGUCAGUUUUCAACAGUAUUGUUCUUGAAGGAAACUCUUUUUCAGGGUCUAAGGUAAUAGAUCUCAGUCCCAUGUCCCUUUCUUCUCAUAUGGCUUCAAAAUUGAUUAAUGGAAUUAAAAAUACCAGUCAGACAUAGUGUUUGACUUGAACAGUACAGCAGUUUUGGAGGUGCCUGUGGACCAAUGUAUUUUCCAAGAACAGCUCUUAGCCACAGGCCACAAGAAAAAUGUGCAAUUUUACUUUUUAAAAUUUUACAGUUAGAGGCACUGUAACUUUAAGAUUAUGACCCAAAGCAUAGCUUUGCUCAAGUGUUAUUUAGAAAUUAAAUAUAUGAUUUUAUUGUCACAAUCAGGAUUUUCAAUUGUCCAUUUUGCUUUUUCGAGACUACUCACCUGAUGGCUGGUGUUUGUUUGUUGUUUCUUUUAAAGACUAACAAUUUGGAAUCGGUCAGUUAUGAAAAUCCGGAAAUAUUGACACAGUAGAACGAAAACAAACAUAUACACAACAUAUAAACAUGUUCUUCUUUUGUAGUUUAGCCAGGAGGAGAAAAUGUUUUAAAGCUAUCUUUAUGUUUGGAGUGCAAACAAAACCUAUGCGCUCGAUGUAUUUUAGAAGAAAAAUAAUCUGGCUGUAAUGAUGUUUAUCAUGAACAUAGUAUCCUUGACUAACCACCUUUUUUAACCGAUGGCAUUUGUCUACGCAGCACCUAGUUAGGCGUGACUUGUCACAUUUCAAUGUUACUUUUUUCAUGCGCUGAAAGGAGUCACUUGGUUAGGAGUUAAUACAUAUUGUGACUUCAUGCAGAUCACAGCGUUGAAUGAAGUACUGUAGCAGUGUGGUUUCUGGGCUUCUGGGCGCCUUACUAGAAGGUAGCGAGUUGAAAUCCCGGGCAAGCCAGCAGCUCCUGUUCGACUGCACUAAGGUGCCAGGGCUUCGCUCGGGAUAAAAGGUAACACCACCUGCAUGCACCACGACCGCUUUCCCCGAACGAGACCGUAAACUUCAUCUUGGCGUCUACGAAACUGUGAGAAACCACAGCUGUCCACAGAAAACAAAACGUGGUGGUGGGGGGGAACAACACGACAAAAACGUCCGGCGGCGAAGGAGUUAAAGCUCUCCGUAACUCCGUGUGGUGUGGGUAUGCCUUAAUCCGCGACUCCUGGCUUCGUGCCAGAGAGCGGCUUCGCCUCCAUCCCCUCCUCGCAUAGUGAAGGAUCCUGGAGCUAUUGCAGAGGCGGCCAACUGCUCCAUAUUUGGCUUCUAUUACACAUUCACAGAGCGAGCGAGCGAGAGAGAGAGGUGGGAACAGCGAGCGACACAGAGAGAGCUAGCCUCGCUUUGCUGCAGACAUCCUUCUAGUAGUGGAGAGGAGACGGACCCGCCGUCACUGCAGGAAAACAGCCCUGGCAACAAGGAAAGGCAUUGCCCUCCUCAGACCAUUACACCGUACAGGAAUGGUGAAAGCACCUGGCCGAGUCACGACCUGGAUAAUACGAGCUAGAACUGCAGGCAACCGCCUCAGGUUUCCACUGAAGAGACUAAGGGAAGACUCCGACUGCAAAACAGACUGGAACCCUUUCCUCAACUGAAGAGCUUUUCGGCAGCCUUUUCUUGUUUGUGCUUAAGGUUUCUCCCGUGCACUGUAACUAAGAGACGCCUUCCAUCAGUGUGCAUUCUGAUGGGACCUCCUGUCCUGCCAGCCCAGACUGAGAAGGCCAAGGCCCAGAAGUGGAAACCAAACCAAAGUACAUGUGAUUCCUGGAGUGGCUGUGCGGGCUUGCGGUCAGUGGGAAAUGAUUCCUCAUGAAGUCCAUGGAUCACACACUGACAGCAGGCGUGACUUCCCGUGCAUCAGAUUAAGAUCCGUGCCGGUCAGACACUGAAGACAGACCUCCAGCACAGAGCUAGCCAGUGGGUGGCGGGAACCUGGUGCCGAGAAGGGAAAAACGAGAGAGAGAGAGAGAGAGAGAGAGGAGAGAGCAAGAGAGAGCGAGAGAGCCAGCUGCACAACCAUGAAGUCCAACCAGGAACGGAGCAAUGAAUGCCUGCCCCCCAAGAAGCGCGAGAUCCCAGCCAGCAACCUGCCCUCGGAUGAGAAGCCCGUGGCCGUGGCCCCCGCGAGCGAGAGCCAGCGGGGAGAAAACCUGGCUUGGCUCGCCAACGUGGCCGGCAGGCAUAACAGCGCCGUGCGGCACAGUGGCACCCCGGUCGAGACGGGACUGACGCAGGACAGCUCUUCGUACAAGACGCUCGCCGCCGCCGCCACGGUGGAGUAUUCCUCCUCCUCCUCCUCCAGGGUUCCAAAGUCGGGGGCCACUGUGGCUGCUCUCCCUACGGUCUACCCAUCAUCCCUUUCUCAGCCAGGUGGGACCAUCCAGUACACCCAGCUGCCGCCCAAUCUGCAGUUCAUUAGCUCUGGUUACACGGGGCCGUAUACCAGCUACAUCUCCUCCCAGCUAAUCUCCCCACCAGCCACCUCUGCCCCCACUCCCCCUGCCCAGCGUGCCCACCUGGAGGCCUAUACAGCCGCCGUCAUCUCCCAGGCCUCCAAAAUUGACCAGCACCACUCGUUAGGCCGGUCGCCCGGGCUGGUGGCCGCCGGCGGGACGCCCCCGCCCACCUCUGGCCAGCCGGCCAAUCAGUACGUCCAGAUCGCCGGCUCCCCCUUGGGCGUCAACCCCCGCGCCGUGUCCUCCCCUCCCGCCCACCUCUCCAUGCACCUCCACUCCCAUCCGGCCGUCAUCCCCCACGCCCUGGCCCUCAGCGGGCCCUCGCAGGUGGUGGUCCAGUACGCGGACGGGCCCUCGGCAAAAAAAGAGGACGGGCGGAUGCGGGAGAUGCUGAACGGCGAGCUGGAGAAGGGCAGGCGCUACGGCCUGUCCCCCGAGGCCGGCUUGGCCAAGGCCAAAGGGGCCUCUGGCCAUCACCACCAUCACCACCAGCAGCAGCAUCAGCAUCAGCAGCAGCAGCAGCAGCACCACUACGAGGCCCGCCACGUCAUGCUCCCUGCCGACUACAGUACACACGAAACCUCAGGGCUACGGACCUCACUGAUGCUGGUGCCCAACAGCCAAGCCAACAGCGGUGCCGACUUGGAGAUGUCCUCGGAGAAAUCGCCGUCGUGCGCGACAAACAGCGACAAGGCGGGGGGCCUCUGCCUGGGCAAGCCGGUGGCCAGGGCAUCGUCUUUCACCUUGUCGUCGUCAUCGUCGUCGUCGCACUUGGGGGCGGACGGCUUGAAAGCCACGGUCACCACCCUCUCUCCCCACACGGUCAUUCACACCACGCACAACGCCACCGAGCAGGUCUCCCUGGGUCUCUCUGCUGCCGGUUUCUACCCCGCCGCCACGCAGCCGCCCAUCAUCGGCUACAUCGCUGGGAGUGGGCAGCAGCAGCCGUCUGUUGGCUACCACGCUAACCUGCCCCAGCACUUGGUCAUUCCUGGGAACCAGCCCUUGCUCAUACCGGUGAGUGGCAGCAGCGGGGAGCUGGAAUCCGGACCUUCUCUCGCCACGACGUCCCAGCAGUUCGCUACAGUGCCUCACGCCUUCGUCACCACCACGGUCCCCAAGUGUGAGCCCUUUGGGGCCAGCGAGCCACAGCCCCCUGCCCCCUACCACACUGCUGCCGUGGUGCAGGCCCAGCUCCACCUACCCAUAGUCCCGGCCACUGCUCCCGCAAGCGUACUGCCCCUGCCUCCGGCCUCCUCCUCCUCCUCCUCUUCACUGCCUCCCUACUUCAUGAAGGGCUCCAUCAUCCAGCUGGCUGAUGGCGAGCUCAAGAGGGUGGAGGACCUGAGGACGGAGGACUUCAUCCAGAGUGCCGAGAUCAGCAGUGACCUCAAGAUUGACUCGAGCACGGUCGAGCGCAUCGAUGGCAGCCAGACCCCCAAUUUCGCCAUCAUCCAGUUUGCCGUUGGGGAGCACCGAGCUCAGGUCAGCGUGGAAGUGUUGGUGGAGUACCCCUUCUUUGUUUUUGGGCAGGGGUGGUCCUCCUGCUGCCCCGAGAGGACCACCCAGCUGUUCGAGCUGCCCUGCGCCAAGCUCGCCGUGGGCGACGUCUGCAUCUCUCUCACGCUGAAGAACCUGAGGAACGGCUCCCUGAAGAAGAGCCAGCCCCCGGACUGCGGCGGCGGCCUCCUGGCGAAACCCCCCAGGGCGGACGGGCCGUACGGAGGCCGGAGCCGCUACGCCGAGCAGCAGGAGAACGGACUCGGGCAGCGGGCCGGCGCCGCCUGCCGGCCCCCGCCGCUCGCCAGAACGGAGCCGGGCGGCAAGCCCGCGACCCGGAAGAGGCGGUGGUCGGCCCCGGAGAGCCGCAAGGUGGAGAAAUCGGAAGAAGAGCCUCCGUUGACUCUGCCCAAACCCUCUUUUAUCCCUCAGGAGGUUAAAAUCUGCAUCGAAGGCAGGUCAAAUAUAGGCAAGUGAAGGCUCGCGGGGGACGUUUUUAUAAAUGGGGGAAAGCAAAAGAAUACCCUUCUUCACAGUCGUCUUCUUUCGUAUUUUGUUUUCCAUUUUCUUUCGUUUUUGUUCUAUCCAGAAUACUGUACUGUAGGCUAAAUAACCCAGUAUUUACACGUUAUCAUCUUAGGUUCAUGUUAUAACCUUUGUAAUAGUUGCAUUUGGUAUUACACAGGCAAUUGGCGCAGGUGUUUGUUCCACAAAUCUCUGGAGAGUACGUGUGGGGGACAGAUAUGUGGGCGCUUGUACACCACUUGACUUCACAGGGAACGGACAGGCUGGUCUGUGGCUUUCCACCCAUGUUUUACUUUUAAAGAACCCCCCACCACCACCACCACCACCACCACCACCAUCAGCAACACAGGCCCAGAGAGAUUCAGGAAGGGCAAAGCACGACACCGAGAGUCCAGCCGAAAGUAGCAAGCUGAGGAACGUCAAAACGGGAGACAGCCAAGCUGCUUCAUGUCCGCCGUCUUUGUCUCGAGGCGUAGUCUCUUGAAGCGCAGGGUCAUUCACCCCUUCACAUUUAGAUAAACCCUUUCGUACUUGACAGAGCCUUCUCUGGGCAGUAAUGUGGGCUUUUACUUGAGAUGUUUGUGCUGUAAAUUCAGAAUGUAGAAUAUCGGCACUUUCCCAUCUUGGGUUUAAAUGCACGGGGGUGGCGAGACGGAAUCACUCCCCUACAUCUCGUUUCUGUGGCGACAAGACCGCUGGUAGGGGUUGACAUGAUGUCAGCCAGCCCUGGCACUUGAUCUCUCUGUUUUAAUAUAUAUAUUAUAUAUUUUUUUGUCUUUCGUUUUUAGAGAUAACAGUCGUUAUUUUUGGUUGUUGCAGCACAUUAUUAUGGACUUUGAGAUGAUACAGAAAACAGAAUCGUCCGCGUGUUCGGGCUCCAUCCAUUUCGUGUUUGUUUUCACGCCAGGCGAAGUAGAUCAGGUGAUCUGAAGUGUUCUCAGAUCCGUGACUGAUACGCACGUUGCAGUCUAUGGUGGGUAAACUGCUUUCUCGUAUGCUGUGAAUUUGGUUUUCUAAGGCAUGCAGUAACCACAAAACAUUGGGGAGUGCCAGCUCCCGUGAUUAAAGACCCCAAAAAGUGGACCAUAAUGGGGAAUGGGAAGAAUCCCAACCACAAGGUCUGUACCAGAUCACAGUACCGGACUCAUUUUGAUAAACCAAUUGUAACUACAUUACCAUUAGUGACGGGGAUGGGUUUUGAAUGAAUUGAACUCUGGUUGGCUCUUUAUACCACUCCCAGCAGCCCCCAAAGAUUGUCUGAAAGUUGCUUUAAAGGGAAAUAGAGCUGAUUAGUAUUUCUGAGGAUGUCUGCACACUUUAAGCUGUUUACAUUUACUUUUAAUUUGUGCCCUUCUGCCUCAUUCUAAAUUAAGAUGCUGUUUCUCUCCCAGAAACAGUACCACUAAAAGCACACUUACAAGAUGUACAUUAUGUGAAUAUGUUUUAGAAAUUAUAUACAUUAUAAGGUUGGUAUUUAAGCGUGAAGUCAACAGUUUGUAGAACUGUCUGCUCUCAUUUAAGUUAUCAUGCAAAUGUUCUGAUUGGAAAUGCAUCCUGCUAAAAAUAUUAAGCCCUUUAUGUAGCAGCUUAGCAGCAAAUAACAGCAUCGCUGAUUGUUGUUUCUCUUGACUCUGUCAGCAUUUGCUGUUUUUAUUUCCGAGUCCAUCUUGCACUGGAUCACAUGGCUUCGAAAAACUCAUUGCAUGAAUGUCUGGAAAUUUCAAAGACACGCAGACGGUGUAGUAUCUGAGAGAUGGAGACCAAUACAGAGAUGCGAGUAGAGAGAUCAUGAAACAUCUACAGGUUACUAUCUUGUCCCCUUUAUACGUGAUUGAAUGUUGAAACCCAUAUUAUAAUCAAAAUAUGUGCCCAAAGAGUAGGCCUCUUCUAUUCCUCUUAUUGAGAUCAUGCACCAUUUUGUCCAGUGAUUUUUCCAGGCUUGUGUGGAAAGGGCCUUUAUGCCCAAUAAUGAUUUAGGAGCAUAGCAGGAGAUUCUGUCUUGCUCUGGACAGUGUACCUGGAACAAAACUUGAUUUCCCAGGGGUGAAAUGUAUUAUUACAGGGUACUCAAGAUCGAUAACCAAAAUUCUGGUGAGAGGAAGUGAGCAUGAAGGAGCUGUUUGUGCAGCUGUUGCAUGUACUGUUGAAGCAUUAAGCAUCAGCAGUCAAGGGCUUUGUCCCUCAGGGGUAAAUGUUUUCCUCUCUGCAUGUACGUGAACUGUAUCAAACACACCUGGACUGGUCUUCACCCAGCUCACUAACUGCCUGACCUGCUCCUCAGGGCACUACAAUGGAAACAGCCGAUUCAUAAAGCAGAAAUCAAAACGUGUCUCAAGGCCUUUGGAGAAACUAAACAACAAAACUGCCUCGUCAUUUCCUCAGUUGACUUGCCUUGUGUUGUAUCUGACUAGACUAGGUGUUGUGGCAUUAGACAAUCAGACCAGUCGGGUAUUACUACAACAAGCAGUGCCGUAUAUCUUUCAGAGAAAGAAAAAAGUCGCUUUUACUAUCAGGUUUGAAUAGACUAGAGUCAGCUUUACAUGUUUACUUUCAGUAGUUUUUUAGAUCUGUAAUGUUUUUUUUUCCUUUUUAAACCUCUUGUUAAGAUUUUGGCACAUUUUGCAUGAUAGAUGGUUCAUGUUGUAGUGACUAUUCACACCCUGGGGGUCAGGAAACUUGCAGAGGCAGUCAAUUUGAUUGUAGGCUUAUGUCGGUCUCCUGACAUUCUGAACAUGAUCAGAGGAAUAGGGGAGAAGAAAACUAAACUCAAUCCAAAUUUUGAGUAACCGGUGCCAGUGUAGCCUCUUUGUCGCAUUUAAUGGGAGAAGUAAUUAAAUGGUGUGAGAAAAGAUUGGAAAUGAGGGGACAGGUGAUUGCCUUCAAGCUUUUAAAGUGUCUGUCACACCUAAAAACUGAGAAUCGUUUGAAGUAAAGUGUGAUUUUUACGGUCUCAACAUUCAAUAAGUACUGUACAGGGUGUGAGCGAAAGGAAGACUAGACGAAAUAGUCUUCUAUAGUCUUCAUUAGCAUUGUUUCCGGCAGCAACAUCGUAAGACAGGUUGCAUCUGGGGUGAAUGGGAUGAAUGUGAAUACUGAAGUAAUAUGUGACAGCGAGGAAAGAAAAGGUCCCAGGGAGGACUGAUUUAGUAGAGGCACUUUUGUUUUGGAAUUUUUGAUGCUCCGCUUCCAAGAGCACAAAAGCCUAAGAAAGAUUUAAAAAAAGGGUAAACCACUUCAACCUUGUGUGGCUGUUCGAUGAAGCUGCCUCCGACAUGUAGUAAGGUCUUGUUACAGGCCAACGAGAUGGCUCUCUUGAGAGAAAAUUCUCCUGAUUCAAAAUUGUACCGAGCGGCUGUAUACUGAAAAAGAGGAAAAGUGAUACUUUCCUUUUAUAUAAGGGAAGCAGAUCUGCAGCUAUAGUGAAAAUGCAUUCACUAUAUCCAUUUCUACUUAAUGGCCACAAAAGUUUGAAGGGUACCUUUUGUCUUUAUUACACUUAUGUUUGUUUGUAUGUAUAUAUACAUAUAUAUUGUGUAGGUGUAUAUCAUGUGUGUAUAUAUAUAUACACACACACGUAUAUUUUCUUUUACAUGCACACAGACAUAUUCCACAUAACAUUGAAAUUGCCCUGCUGUGUAACUGAACUGGCGUGGCAGUGGACUGAUUUCAAUGUUUUGUAGUGUAUAUAGCGAUAUGAAUUGUCCAGUGUUUUCUUGUUUAAAGUUAUACUUUAAAGAAUAUUGCGAUUUGCACAUCAGGAGAGUUAGUAACUUUUGUGUUGUUUUUUUUUUUUUCCGCUGUAAAUGUGGGGAAAUUGAUGUAGCAGUUACUUAACAGAUCUGCCUAACCUCUGGACCCAUACUGAUGGGUCUACUCUCCUACCUUUUUUGUUGUUUUUUUUUCCUCCAGCAGCCACUUUCACGAAUUUCUAGCCUCAUCGUGUACAAUUUGUGUGGAACAGAGACUAGUGGGUCACAGAAGAGCCAUCAGUCAUACUGAGUGCAAGCGUCUCCUAAGCUUUCUGUUUGGCUGUGAGGUAGCAUACUUCCUCAGGUGUUAGUCUUCUUAAGGCAGGAGUGUGCCAGGCAGGGACAUUUGGGGUACGGAAAGCUUGGGAAAAAAAAAUGUACCCAUGCAGAUUUAAAAUGUUUUUAUUUUCUUGUAAUAAAACCAGGGUCUCUUGGAUUAAACACAAGGCUAGACUUUUUUAGUUCUUUGGUAGCAGGGGAAGGGAAUGAUCUUCAGCCGAACUUUAGUUGUUUUUUAAUGCUUACAAAGAGGGGCAACAUGCAUUUGUGGAAGGCCGUCGAUGUUUAACUUAAACCGCAAGCCAGAUGGGGUUUAAACAAAAGAAUGCUGAAGGUGAAACGCUUAUGCUUGGAUGCUGUGGAGGCAAAAGUCUGGCAUCCUCCAAAAGCGUGUGCUUGCAUUUACAGUACACGUCAUCCAGAGAUGUCUGUCAUCUGCAUUGUUUCUAUACAAGUCCCUAAGAUGGCCUUACAGCAGGAGAUAAGACUGGGAGGCUAAAAGAGAGGUGAUUUCAGAACAUGCUGUCCUCUGCACCACUGAUAUUUUGGAAUAACCAAACAGAUGACAAGAAAAGAAUCCAGCUGUAUGUUCUAGUAGUUAGAAGGGGACAGUCCGAAUACAAACUGAACAGAAAAACUUCUACAACUGAAUACAAGCCUGUUCUUUUGUACAGUUCUGGAUUGUUUUUAAAAUUAAAGUAAUUGUCCCGAAAACAUGUUUUAAAGACGAGAACAGAGACUUUUUUUUUGUUUUUAGGUGCAUUAUCCAGCGUAGGUGGUGUGACUGAAGCCUGCAGUCUGCCACGACACUAUGCAAAAGUCUCCGUUUUACAACGCCAGAGGGUUUUUUUUUUUGCCCAGUGUCCCGUCGUGGACAGAGUCAUUCUCCAUGAAUGGUGGUGCACCAAGUCUUGCCCAUUUUCUGUUCAUUUAAUUUCCAUUAAAUUUCUGCAGUAACAUGUGGUGUUACUGCCAAUGCCAAUGUUAAGGUUUUCAAUCUUAAGUGUUGGCCUUUAGCUAUGUUGGCGUCAAGAGCACCCCUUGACCAAACCCAAUAUCUGUUUUUCACACAGCUGCGCUGAUCCGAGCACAAGCCUCCUCUUGCUUACGGUAUGUAGGGUGCUGGUUUGAAUCUGACUUCUCUCUGCCAGCCAGAUGUAGCACAGACAAGCCCAGUGUAACACCCCAAAAUACCGUACCGUCUUUUUUUUCCCGGCUUCAAAUCUGUUCUUGCAAAGAAACAACAUUUGGGGUUUUAACCUUCCCAGAAAUAAACAGGAGUAUCUGCUAGCAUUCUUACACUCAGAUGAGAAAAUGUUGUGGUCGAGUUCCUAGUGGUGAGGCCCAGUUGUGUGCCAAGUCCAAUUCCACCAGGUUGGUUCAGUAAAAUAGAAAAGUAUUUGGAUCUUAGCUUGGUCAUACUCACUCAGUACUUCCAUAUUCUCUACUCAGGGCACGCACAUUCUCAGCGCUUUGUUUUUGAACCGAGUUGGAAAAAGAGAGGCACACUUCAGUCUGGCUCAAACUUGCAACAAAUAUACAGUAUACAGGUUCCAGCAAUGACCUUUGCUGAGGUGGCAGGGAGACGUACUGUAGGUACAUAGUGCAAAUACAGGAAUUAAAAACUGACUGGAAUGACUUUGACACUAUAUACAGAAGAAUGAGAGUGAUGAUAAGACACAGUGUGAUUUAGUUUUUUUAUAAUUAAGUGUUUCAUUAAAAAGGUAUCCUGGGUAGUAAGACUGUUUCUUUCUAGACGUCAGUUCGCCCUUUUUUAUUUUGGCUACCUUUCGCUGUUUUCCUUUCAUCGUGCCAACUUGUAAUAAUUAGCGUCGCGCUGAUACCCUCUUGAGUUUUUCCCCUUUUCUUUUAAUAAUUGUUUUCCUUUUCCCCUCAUUGUGUUUUUACAUUUAUUCUUCUUCCUCCCAGUCCGCUUUUGCCUCAAACUGGAGAAUAUGCAGAUAGUGAACUUUACCAGACUAGCAAUGUGCCUCUGUACAAUGUCUAGCUUGCAAUAUGUCAAUAUUAUCUCUCACUAUAUAUGACUCUCAGAUUAGCUGAACACGGGCUUUUUUUUCCUUCUGUCGACAGUUUCCAGGCAGUUUGUUUCUAAGUCAAAUAGUCGGGAUGCAAUCUUCUGAGGGAAGUCUGUAUAGUAUGUUUUAUUAAAAAAAAAGACUGUUCGUGUCAUCGUUUGGAGUUGUACAUCCUGGAGUUUUACUUAGAAAGUGUUUUUUUUUUUUGUUUUGCGUUCUUGUGCAGGCCACACCAUAGGCAGUGAGCGAAUGAUGUCACCUGCUGAGCUUUUUAUGUAGCGUUGAUGGUUCUUUUCUACCAUGUAGUCAGUGGUAAAACAGGAAAGACCCAAAGUGUCAUAAGAAAUAGGGGGGUCUCUUUUCCCUGACAGGCUGUAGUUACCUCCUCAUUCCUUGUUCCUCGUACAGAUAUGAACUGCAGCACUCAGCCCUUCUGACUUAUAAGGUCCCUGUAUUUUUUAAAUAUAUAUAUUUUGCAGUGUAUCAAUCACCCCUACCCCCCUGCUUUAGCAAACAAGACAGGUGCCCUUGCAGGUGACAUCAUCCGCUGCACCCUAUCAGCGGCCAGAAAAAAAAAAUAAAAAAAACUUUCAGAGCUCUUACUCAGGUAUUGGGGGGGGGGGGUUGGCGCGCGCAUGCGCACACCCUCGCGUGUGUGAGUGUGUGUGUGCGCGCGCUUGUGCGUAUGCGUGCGUGUGUGCGUGCGUGCAGGGGCGCGUGUGGUACACUGAUGUAACCAGAAGCAGCACUUUUAUUGCCCGCGAGCAGAGGUGCUCCUCACCCCUCUCGAAGCCCGUCAAAAAAAACAAAACAAAACACAACACAACAAAACCACCCGCACAGAGAUGUGGGUCGCCUGACCUCUGGACCCUUCUCCAGAAGUUCAGUUUUCCUCCUGAGCAGCAGCAGACCUCAACAGCGCCUGUGACACGUUGUCAGGGCGCAGGGCCUUCCUGAACGAGAGCUGACACCUCUCGGACUCUGACUGGCAUUUUGGGUGCCGUCGCGAGUCCCGUUGUUGUGAAUCGCAAUGACUACUCGUCCGGGUGGUGUUGUUCGCUAAUACCAUGAUGGUAGCGCUGACGGAAAAAAACAAAACAAAAAAAAAACCUCAUAAAGUGGGGACCACUUAAAACAAAAAUGCACAUUUAAUCCUUUUUUUAGGGUAGAAUUAAUAAUACUGUUGAUGCACUUUUUGAAGCCAGGAAAGGUCAGGCUUGCCUGUCUGUCAGGGGAGGCCUGGUGCUUUCAAAGCUCUUACAUUCAUUUCAGAGAGAGAAAGGGGAGACUGACGGAAGUGUGGUCUGCGUUUUGCUUUUAAAGCAGUCAAGGCACAGCAGUGUUUUCCUCACCUUUCCUUCCUUUUAGCUCAUUACUGGGUCUAGUGAGUGAGAAAAUGAGGUCAGGGUUUGACGAGGUUGAAUGGUUGGCUGGAUGGAUCGUCACAUAAUUCAAAGUGGAAUUGGACACCUUUACUCUCGGGCUUAUUUUUCUUUGUUUUUGUCAUAGACCUCGCUUCAAAAUGUGUUACCUUACUGAUAGGAUCUUUUUAUUAUUAUUUUCUUUGUAGCACUAUAACCUUUUAGUCGGGACAUAUACAGUAGAUCUUUUUUUUUUUUUUAAUUGUUUUAACUAACUUGAGUGGCCGAAGAGCUGUAUGUAAGCACUCUCAUUGAGGAGUACAGGUGAUAUUUUUAUUUGUUUUUCUUUCAAUUGCACAAAUGAAAAUUUGAAUGUUGGUGCGCGAGUUUCAGUAUUUGGAGAAUUAAAAAAAAAAGGCAUGUUUUUUUUUGUUUGGAUUUUGCAAUGAAUCUGGCACCUUGUUUGAAAGGAGACAACCUGAAUACAAAUCAAAGGAUUACUCAGUUGAACAUGUAACUGUUGUUGACCUCAUGUCAAUAUUAAAGGCUUUUGCCAGAAUUCACUCUCAGGCUGAGAAAAUUAUAUAUGCCCACCCAGCACUUCAGUUUAAUUUUGAUUUUUUUUUUGUGGGAUUUUUAAUUUGGGUUUGAUUUUUUUGUUGUUAUUAUAAUUGUUCUGGUUAUUUGAACUUUAACAAAAAGGUGCACCACUGUCAGAAAGAAAAUUGGCCACUCCAAUGCAGCGAAACGUAUUGGAGCUCAUCUGUACCACUUUUAAAAUGCUGUAUGAUGAGCUUGUUCUAUGAACCCAUUUUUAAUUUUUUUUCCCAUUAUUAUAUGUGGACGCUCCUAUUUAAACUGAACCCAAAUUGAAGGUUCCAAACAAAUUAGCAAACAUUUUGCUUCAUGUGUUUUUGGUUGUCUUUUGAGUCAUGUGAAACCAUUCCUUUCAAAGAGUUUGUUUCAACCAAUGCCACCACAAAGCAGAGACUGCAUUUAAUCCCUGUUCAUGAAUUUAUUUGUUGGUUCCACUUCGUAUUGCUUUUCAAACUUAACAGCGUCAUUCGGGAGCUGUUAUUCAAAAAUAAUAAAAGUCUGUAAAACAGGCUGCUCAGUAGAAAAAGUCCAUGAACCUCACAAACAAUCCACAGCAAUCUAUCAGCAAUAGAUAAAUGAAAUUCUUGAAAUUGUAUAUCUACAACCUGUAUAGGAGGUUCUUUUCAGUUAAAUGUAUUUAUUAAUAGAUUCCUAUUUGAUAUUUUUAUAAACACAUUUCUUUAGAAAACUUGACAUAUCUGUAAGAAAUGGACAAAAAUCCUCUGUUCUCCUCCACAGUUUCACAAUUUGACGGUUUCGUGUGGUGUUUCUGACCUAAUGCUUUUCAGUCUUAAAUACUGCCCCCCUCAGUGAAGAACUCAGUUCACUAGUGACUAAUUCUGGUUGCUUGUGUUACAAAAAGAAAUGUGCAAUCCGAUUAACCCUAUAUUACUAGUGGUUUUCAAGAACAGACUGGUGUCCCAGUUUUCUGUUUUGACCUCGAGACCUCAAAGCAGCAACAGUGAGUGAAUGAAAGUUAGAAGAAGGGAGCUGCACAGUAUUUCCUUUAGAUUAAGCAUCAAUGUACCCUGAUCUCGCAGGGUAAAGAGUUUUACAGGGGAUGUGAUUUACUGUAGAAGUGCACACAUUUCCAGGCAAUUCUAAUUCCCAGUUUUCUUUUUUUUUCUGUGUGUUUAUUUUCCGAGUACCUUCAGACAUGAGGUAGAGAGACAUGAGGUAUCGUUAAACAGGAAGCCGUGACAAUUUCACAGGAUGCAGGCGAUCAUUUAGAGGAGCCUUUUAAAGAAACAGCUACUGCCGUAGCCCCAAGGCCUAAUCAUUACAGAUGAGCAGAUGAAGAUGCUUUCAUGAUGAGAAUAUGUCUUCCACCAAGAGUGAAGUGGGGGCUGUGUUACAGAUCUCUUUUUGCUGGCGAAUGGGCAGAGGUGAUAUACAGUAGUAUAAACAGAUCUGGCCAGUAGCAUGUGGAGGGAGUGUCAUUGGAGGAAUUAAACAUGUUUUGCACCUUAGUGGUAAGAGGAGAAAUAGUACAGACAUAGUUAAGAGCUUUUAUUGUGAAAGGAGAAUAUUUUUUGUUUCCAUAUGCGUGCAUACUCUCUGUAAUUUCAGUGUAAAAUAUUGUACUUGCACUAGCUUUUUUAAAAACAAAUAUAAAAAAAUGGAAGAAUUGAAAUUCUAUUUUCUAAUCGUGGUGUGUCUAUUUGUAGGAUACACUCAAGUCUGUUUAUUGGAUUUUAUGGUCCCUUUCUUUGAUGGUGCUUGCAGGUUUUCUAGUUAGAAAUUAUUUCAUUAUUAUGAAUAAUAAAACAAUAUUUGAUUCAGGAUUUGAACAAAUUUGUUUUAAAAAAGAAAAAAAAAAGAAAUUGUCUGUAUACCAGUACAAGUUUAUUGUUUCAGUAUACUCGUACUAAUAAAAUAACAGUGCCAAUUGCAAAGCUGUGCCUUUUUGACUUGCAUCUGCCUUAAGAGCUGAGUAAAAGAUUUGGAUGAAAGUACAUUCCAUGGUUUCAAUUUGCUGUAUUAUGCGUGUUUUCAGUUUUUUCCCCCAUUUCAUUCAGAAUGCUACACAACCUCUGCUUCCUCUUCAUUGAGGUGAUGAUCAAGCGGAUUCAUGGUUUUCAGUUUCGAAGUGUCAACUUGUAAUGUUGUUUUGCAACCAAAUGCUAACUUACUAUCCAAUUAUAUUAAAUAAAACCCUUACACAGGAGAAAA